CAGCCCUACCUGCCUCGCUCGCUCACCCGUUCCUGGCGGCGGCGGCUCGUCCCCCCCAUUUCCACGCCCACACCACACCACACCUGGACCAAAGCCUUUGCCUGACUCCGUCCGUCCGGCGCCAUCGCCAUGUCUUCCUCUUCCGAGGCGCCGCUGCUGCUCCCGAGGGAGAGCAGCCGUAAUGAGACAACGGGGCGGCGGUGGUGGCGCGAGGCGGUGGACGAGUCCGGCCGGCUGGUGGCGCUGGCGGCGCCCAUGAUCGCCGUGGCGCUGCUGCAGCUCAUGAUGCAGCUCAUCUCCACCGUCAUGGUGGGCCACCUCGGCGAGGUCGCGCUCGCCGGCGCCGCCAUCGCCAACUCCCUCACCAACGUCUUCGGCUUCAGCAUCCUCAUAGGACUGGCUAGUGGAUUGGAAACUAUGUGUGGGCAGGCCUAUGGAGCAGAACAGUAUCAUAAGCUAUCCUUAUACACCUACAGGUCCAUCAUUGUACUUCUGUUUGUGAGUGUUCCCAUAGCCAUUCUAUGGGUUCUCAUUCCGGAUGUUCUUCCUCUCCUAGGCCAGGAACCACAAAUAGCAAGUGAGGCUGGGAAAUAUGCAUUGUGGCUUAUCCCUGGCCUAAUUGCCUUCAGUGUUGCUCAAUGCUUUUCGAAGUUUCUGCAGUGUCAAAGUCUAAUCUUUCCUAUGGUUCUCAGCUCCUUGAUUACACUCUCUGUAUUUAUUCCUUUGUGUUGGUUCAUGGUUUAUAAAGUUGGGAUGGGUAAUGCUGGAGCUGCUUUAUCCGUAAGCAUCUGCGAUUGGGUUGAAGUGACUGUUCUCGGUCUUUACAUUAAGUUCUCACCUUCUUGUGAGAAAACGCGUGCUCCAUUCUCGUGGGAAGCUUUUAGAGGGAUUGGCAGUUACAUGCGUUUGGCUGUACCGUCGGCUCUUAUGAUUUGCCUUGAGUGGUGGUCUUACGAGCUGCUUGUUCUGCUUUCUGGGAUCUUACCAAAUCCAGCACUUGAAACUUCUGUGCUUUCUAUAUGCAUAUCUACAGUGGUACUAUUGUACAAUCUUCCUUAUGGUAUUGGAACAGCUGCAAGUGUGCGCGUCUCAAAUGAACUAGGUGCUGGCAAUCCAAAAGGUGCUCGCUUGGUGGUAGGUGUUGCAUUGUCUAUGGUAGCUUGCUCAGCAGUAUUGGUGAGCACAACUCUUCUAGCAUUGCGCCACUUCAUUGGAAUUGCAUUCAGCAACGAGGAGGAGGUUAUAAACUACGUCACCAGAAUGGUACCUGUGCUCUCCAUUUCAGUAAUUACAGACAGCCUGCAGGGAGUCCUUUCAGGUGUUGCUCGGGGUGGUGGGUGGCAGCAUUUAGGCGCGUAUGUUAACCUGGGAGCGUUCUAUCUUAUCGGGAUCCCUGUUGCACUCUUUUUUGGUUUCACAAUGCAACUAAGAGGAAUGGGAUUUUGGUUUGGCAUGAUAGCUGGUGGAGCCACACAGGUCAUUCUCCUAUCUGUGAUAACUGCUACUACAAAGUGGGACAAGAUGGCUGACGCGGCUAAGGAGAGAGUAUUUGAGGAAAGGCUCCCAACAUAAUAAUCCUUGAAGAACUGCAAUGUCAAAAUUUUGGAAGGAUAAAAUUAAUAAGAUUCUACAAUUUUAACUAGUAGGGUGGCAUUCUUAUUUGUACGGAGGUAUUUUGCUAUAUUUUGGAACGGAGGUAAUA